UUAAACUUGUAUAAAGUUGUAUUUGUAGUUUUAGCAUUAAAAAAACUGUUUUAGUUCAUGUACUGUAUAUUUUCAUUUUGUGUAUGUAGUUUUUAUUGAAUUGCUUUCACCUUGAGGCACUAAAACAGAGCCAUCUUCAAAACAAUUGACAUAUUAUCUUUCCUCUGGCUUUUUGGGAGAAGCAGAUUGGGAGAGGGAUAGGUCUUAAGGAAACUAUUGCAAAGUAUAUGAAGGUGACACAGUCAGUGAAAAACUGAUAAAUAAAGCUUACAGGCCUUUAGCUACUUCAUGGUACAAGUGAAUGCUCAUCCUAUUCUGAGAAAAAAUUGUAUAUAGGACCAUUUCAUGAAAUUAGGGAAAAAUCACUCUUAAUUUACAGGUUUAUUUAAGGUUGUAUAACAUUAAAAUGUAUAAAAAAUUCUAUUCUUUAGCAACUCAGGAGACAUUUGAAAGAAUUCUUGUUUAAAAGUUUGUUUUUAGUCUUUGAUAGGGUCUAUAUUUAUAUAAAUAUAUUAUGUUUUGGUCAUUUUUUCUUCUCUUACAUCUUCUUCCCACUCCUACUGAAUCCCAUCUUUUUCCCAACAAGUUCCUCAACUAUUUUUUAUAUUUCUGUUACUGUCUUGUCUAGUUUGUUAGCCUCAUAGUUAUUAGAGUUAUAUGAGAAUGUUUGGGGGUUAUUCACUCAAGCACAGGCAACUUUGCAUGAGUACACUACUGAAAAAAAUGAUUAAUGCCUGUUUCUGAGGGGUUGCUUACAAAGGCAUAAAAUUUAAGUAAUUCCUACUAUAUCGUGUUAUAGUCUUUCUAAUGAGAUAUAGAACAUUCAUCAUGUAUAGCUUGGCCUGUAACUUUGUGCUUGCAUUGAAGUGAAAUGCUUUCUUCUGUGCUGAAAUCAUGCCAUAAACAUGAAGGUGUAAUGUGAUGUUAUGUUUUACAUCUUUAAAUUUGGCAGACUAUGUAAGUUAUUGUAGAUCUUCAGAUCACCAGAAAAAUGAUUUAGUGCUUGUUUAUUAUAGAUUUCAAAACUAUUUGGCGGUAUUGACCAAAAUAAGACAUUUCUUCCUUGUUUAUAGCCAUAUGCAAUGAGGUCAUGUUUGUAGUAGGAGUGGAUAGCCACCAGUGAGGAAUUGUGAAUAUUGCUAUGCCUUAGAACCUAUAGCUGGCUGAGGUGUUAUAGAAGCGGAUCUAAGCCCAAUAUUCCUAUUCUUGAUAGAUAUAUGUAUAUUCAGGAAAGUAAUUUAUUUUUCAACAAAAUUAGAAAGUCCUCCUUACUUUAAAGGUUUGCUGUAAGGGGAGAAAUCCUAUGCAUGUGAAAAUCAUUCAUUAUAUCACUUAUUUAUUUGGUUUUGGGCACUUUAUUUUAUUAGGCACGUAAUUAUUGAUACACACAUUAGGCUAGCUAAUUUAAAAUGUUCCACAUGUCCUACGUAGGUAUUUUUCUCACCCUUCUCUUCCUCUUGGGCCAGAUGUGGCUUUGCUGUCAGGAUUUGGUUUAAGCGGUAGCUGAGAGCUUGUAGGUGGGGUAGAUGUGGGCUUUUGAAACCUCAAAGCCAGUGACACACCUCUUAAUCAUUCCUUAAUGCUGCCUACAAACGAGCAUAAAUUAGCAAAUGAUGAGUAAAAAUUGAGAGUCUACUUUGCGUAGGUAACUGGUUUCUUCUUAAAAACAGGAACUUAACUUUUUAAUAGACAAUUUUGAAGGUUUCAAUAGCCUAUGAACUCUUCUCUUAUUACCUUAGUAUUAUGAUUUCUAUUCUUAGUCAAUUUUUUUUCUUAUUCUAAAAUGUGAUGUGAGUUUCUUUUAGACUUUAAUUGCUUUUGGUCCCUGUAUUUGAUAUAUGCAAGGUAGACCACCUUAUUAAUUUACAAUAUUGUAUAUAUAGCUUUUUAACCAUUUGAAAUUGUGUUUUGGGCACAAAUUAUCUGUUUUGCUCAUUACUGAUACAAUGUAUGGGUUAGUUUGGAUUGUAGUAAACCAGCUUUUAGCUUUGUGGAUUCCUAUAAUUGUUUGCCUUAUUAUUUUAUUUGUUCCUUUGAAUUUUUUCUAAAUGGUAGAGCUCAUGACUUGUAGUUUUUGAGUAAAGCUUUUUGUUACUUUUGUAAACAGACUGCUAUUCCUCACAGCUAUGCAAAGAGUUGGAGCUCCUGCUUUCCUUUUCAUGUGGGUUCAAUGGAAUGUAAAAAUGUGUGAUAAAAGUCUCUGAUGUUUGUACAUUUAUGUAAGUCAUUCAUUCAUAUAAUCUAAAACAUGUAAUUUCACAUUAUUCCAAAUUUUUAAUUUGAUGUCGCAGAAAAGAAUUAUUGCAAACGAUUAUUUUUAGUAAAAAGCACCUAACCAUUUUCUUUGUUAGGUGAGUCUUGAUUAUAAGCUAUCAGGUUUGGUUAGUAGAGAAAUCUGUCACUAUGGUAUGUGUCUUAUGAAAGAGAGAAGGCUCCGUUUGCUGACACUGUGCUUGUUUCAUGUUGAUGCUGGUCUGCAGACCAGAGGUGAGAAUAGAGGGUUCCAACAGUGCUUCUCUUGUCCCUUGAUGCUUACCUUCUGCUUAUAGUGAUUUCUGAAGAUACCUCUGAAAUGUGGAUGGAGAGGAGAUUUAUUGAUUUCCACUGAAAUGAUUAGUGACCUGUAGGUAUGCAGUGAAAGAAGAAAACUUCAUUCUUAAGAUCUGGCUUUGACUGAUUAGAAGUACCAUCCCAUCAUUGUUGUCAAACUAAUUACCUGUUCCAAAUUGCUAUGAGUUUUUGGAGGUUUGAUAUUUAAGUUUUUAGAUUUGGAAGCUAUUUCAGAGUUUUUUUUUCUGAGUCUUUCUAGUGGGAUGUUCUUUUCCACCGUGUUCCCUAAAACUCUAACUUUGCUGUGGACUGGACAGCAGUUCUGCCUGUAACUUAGUCUGAUCAUCCCUGCUUCCAAGAGGACCCUAGUGCUCUAUGUUUUAGUUUGGAUUUUAUUGCUCUGAAAAGGCACCAUGACGAAGGCAAAUCAUAAAGUGCUCCACUCCUAAGGAUCAAAGCCUUGAUCAGAUUGCGAGAGAUCUGUAAAUAAAUUAUAGCCAAUUCACAAAAGAUAACAGUUCAAUUUGAUGAUGCAAACAUUUGUGCACGUGUAGGAAUGACAUGGUGAAGAUAUCAAUGGAUAUCUUUGUGAAGAAAUUUCAGCCAGAUAGAUACCAGAUUUGGAAACAAGGAAAGGAUAUAUAUACUAUUGACCAUACAAAGCCAACCCCAGAAUCUACCCCAGAAGUAAAAACAUGGCUACAGAGGAGGAAAAAGUUAAGAAAAGCUCCCAAGAGUUUGCAGGGCAAUAAGUCACUUUCUAAAAGGCCUAAAGCUGAGGAAGAUGAGGAAUUUGCUGAAUUCAUUGGGGAAGAGGUCUCAAGCCCUGCUGUGUGCCCUCGGCACCUCAAGGUCACAGAAAAGCCAGAAAAAUUCAAGCUGGCAAACAUAGGAGCAUCUUCAGAAAAAGAAGCUUCUGAUACUAGGAUACAAGUAGAUCAAAGCUUAACGAAUGACACCAAGCUCUCAGGAAAAAGUUGCAUAAAUUCAUCUGUAAUAGAUGAAAUACAACCAGAGAAUGACACCGCCAAUGCUGUAACUUCGCCAUCUACGCUGAAGAAGGCUUCUGACCUAAUACCAUUUUCUCAUGGCCAUAUAACAGGCAAGGAGUCACGUUUACUUAAGAUUCUCCAGCUUGAAUCUCCCAAGAUACCUUCUUCGCUGGCAGAAAGUAAUAGAGUAUUGACAGAGGGAGAAGAAAAUGAUGAAGAGGGCCAUGCAAGUAACCUUGAACCUGGGGAAGUCCCAGAUGCUCUCAGUGAAGAGAGAAAUGGGCUCAAUGUUCCUAAGAUAAUAGAAGGACAGCCAAAAACUACUAAGAGUUGGCGACAUCCACUUGGGAAGCCUCCGGCCAGAUCCCCAAUGACUCUUGUAAAGCAGCAGGUAGCAAGUGAUGAAGAAUUGCCUGAGGUCCUAAGCAUUGACGAAGAAGUUGAAGAAACAGAGUCUUGGGCAAAGCCUCUGAUCCACCUUUGGCAGACAAAGUCGCCCAACUUUAUGGCUGAACAGGAGUACAAUGCAACUGUGGCAAAAAUGGAGCCAAAUUGUGCAAUCUGCACUCUGCUCAUGCCAUACUACAAGCCUGAUAACAGCAAAGAAGAAAAUGAUUCUAGAUGGGAGACAGCAGUAAAUGAAGUGGUUCAAUCUGGAAGAAAGACUAAACCCAUUAUUCCAGAGAUGUGUUUUAUUUAUAGUGAAGAAAAUGUUGAAUAUUCCCCCCCUAAUGCCUUUCUUGAAGAAGAUGGAACAAGUCUUCUGAUUUCCUGUUCCAAGUGCUUCGUGCGGGUUCAUGCAAGUUGUUAUGGUGUCCCUUCUCAUGAGGUCUGUGAUGGAUGGCUGUGUGCCCGAUGCAAAAGAAAUGCAUGGACUGCAGAAUGCUGUCUCUGCAAUUUGAGAGGAGGUGCACUUAAACAGACUAAGAACAAUCAGUGGGCUCAUGUCAUAUGUGCUGUUGCAGUUCCAGAAGUUCGAUUCACUAAUGUCCCAGAAAGGACACAAAUAGAUGUAGACAGAAUACCUUUACAGAGGUUAAAAUUGAAAUGCAUAUUCUGUAGACAGCGGGUUAAAAGGGUUUCUGGAGCCUGCAUCCAGUGUUCCUAUGGCCGCUGCCCAGCCUCUUUCCAUGUUACAUGUGCCCAUGCUGCUGGAGUACUCAUGGAGCCUGAUGACUGGCCUUAUGUGGUAAACAUCACUUGCUUCCGACAUAGAGUCAAUUCAAACGUGAAGUCCAAAACUUGUGAGAAAGCCAUUUCUGUGGGUCAGACAGUCAUCACAAAACAUCGAAAUACUCGGUACUACAGCUGCAGAGUGAUAGAUGUGACAUCUCAAAUCUUCUAUGAGGUCAUGUUUGAUGAUGGUUCCUUCAGCAGAGACACAUUUCCUGAGGAUAUUGUGAGCCGAAACUGUGUGAAGCUGGGCCCUCCUGCAGAAGGAGAAGUCAUCCAAGUCAAAUGGCCUGAUGGUAAACUCUAUGGAGCAAAGUAUCUUGGAUCAAAUGUUGCGUACAUGUAUCAGGUUGAAUUUGAAGAUGGAUCCCAGAUAGCAAUGAAGAGAGAAGACAUAUACACCUUAGAUGAAGAGUUACCCAAGAGAGUAAAGGCUCGUUUUUCCACAGCCUCCGAUAUGCGAUUUGAAGACACAUUUUAUGGAGCAGAUGUAAUCCAAGGGGAGAGGAAGAGGCAAAGAGUGCUGAGCUCCAGGCUCAAGAAUGAGUAUGUGGAUGAUCCUGUGUAUCGUACUUUCCUGAAGAGUUCUUUCCAGAAGAAAUGUCAGAAGAGACAGUAGUUGCUAACAUGCAACAGCCACAGUGCAGCUCAGACCAGAAGAGGGAAGACAAAGGGACAGCCUUGGGGUAUGCACUGGGACCCGUGGAUGGGUGCUUCUGUGGUACUGGUAAUAAAUCAGGCUUCUAGGAUUUGAUUACCAAGCAACCAAGAAGAGACCUAUUACUUGCUUCUGUCAUCUGAUCAUCCCUCAGUCAUUUGUUUGACCCCAAAGAAUAUUACUACGUGAAGGGAAAUAGCAGUGAAUGGCCCACUAGAUAAAACUCCUGCCAGAAAAGAGGUUGUUCCCUCUCUUUGGCUCAGGUCCCUCCUCAGGGAACAUAUAUGGAGGCUCCUUUGCCCCAGCUCAUUUAGUGGAAGCCUCAUCACCCUAGAGGUAGGGUGAUAAUUUAUAUAUUUUCCACAGCCAGGGAAAGAUUCUCACUCAUAUUUGUUUUAAGUGGCAGUUUUUAUAAAACAUUUUUAAAACACAAAUGGCAUGUAUGGUAAUGGGAUUUACCUGUGUGCUAUCUCUAUCCCCUUGUACAGAACUUUUCCAUUUUUUUAUAUUAUUGCUUUUGAUUGUGUCUGAAAACUGAGUUGACCUUUAUAAGAGGAAAUUUUUUGCUCUUGAAGAGGAAUUCAUAUGAAGUAUAUGGGAAUUUUAUAUAUUUACAGAGGAAAAAUCUUGGCCUGAUAUUUUGAACACUUCAUAAUUCCUGUUCAGAAUAGAUAUUUAUAAAAUAUAUAUUUCUUUCAUUAUGUGUUUGUAAAAAUUAGAGUUUAAAGAAAUAUACUUAAUGCAUACUUUUAAACUAAUGUAACAUGAUUUUUCUUUCCAAAAGCCUGGAAAUGUAUUAGUAUUUAAAAAUUAAAAUCUGUUUUCUCCUG